AACCUUUGCCAGUACGCUUUGAAAAUGCAUUGCUUUGCUUCCCUUUGCUAAACGAAAUCGACAGACAUACCCAACCCAACCCAACCAAUUCACUCAAAAUGGACGACCAAACGCAGUCUAAGAACAAGAAGAACAACGACGAGGAUGCUGCAGAACAACCACAAGACCCUAAACUGCCAGCCACCGGUGGCGGAGAUUGGGGUGGUUGGGGCUUUUCACCGCUCUCCUUUCUAUCGGAUCUUCAAAAGGCCGCCGCUGUCGCCGCCGAAGAGAUCUCUCGCAAUGCUGCUGCGGUUGCACAGACAGCAUCAAAGAGCAUUGCGGAGUUGGAAAAAGGUGCUGAAGAUUCCAAAGAUGGUGAAGGUGCUGAAGGAUCUGAAUCUGACAAGGAAAGUGAAGAUGAAGAUGACAAACGGCGAAAAUCUGCUCUGGAUAAAUUGGAGAAAGCUAGUGAUGAUUCUCUGCUUAGCCAGGGUUUGAAGGUUUUUGAUAAUUCUGUGGAGACUUUUGCUUCUGGAGCAUGGAGUGCUUUAGGAAAUGCGUUGAAAGGGGGAACUGAUUUAGUUCACAGGCUCGAUAGGCCAGGAGCUGCAGGUUCUAAUGCACCUUCCCUAUUAGAGACUGGAAAAGCUUUUACUGCAAAGGGAAUGCAAGUUCUUGAAUAUGUAGGUAAGGAGACACUGGACCUAUUAAUCAGUGAAACUGGAAUUGAGGUUGAGAAGGCUAAAAAAGAAGGUGAAAAACACAAUGAAGAGGAUCAAUUAUCAGAGGAAGUGACAUUUGAUCGAUGCUUUUACAUUUAUGGAGGUCCGGAGCAGUUGGAGGAACUGGAGGCUUUGUCUAGUCAUUAUGCCUUGUUAUUUAACCGAAGAAAAGCAAAAUUAUCAGCAGAGCAGAAGUCUGUGUUUGAUGGGAAGCUUAAAGAGGUCCAACAAAUUUUUAAUUUGAGUACUGAAAUUGAUCGAAGCAGCGUUGAUUCAGAUAAAGGAAAGACAAUAAAGAAAGGAAACGAGGGAAGCAGUGAUGAGAUGAAGAAUUUGCAUGAUUCCAGUGUUGGCAAGGCUGCUGACAUGGCUGCUGACAUGGCUGCAGGUUUCACGAAUGUCUUGACUGGCCUUGCUGUUAAUGAUAUAAUUCAAAGAACUACUUCAAGACUUGAAUCUCUUCAUUCUGAGGGAGUUCAUAGACUAUCUGAAAUGUGUUGUUUAGCGGUGUCUCAACUUCUAAUGUUUGGCAAAUCCAUCAUUUCUCAUGCCAACAAAACUGGGGAUGAAGAAGCUGAGGAGGAUAAGGCCAAUAAUAAAGAGUGGCCUGAAGAUGUUUCUGCAAAAGCUAAGAUCAUAAGAAUAAAUGCCCAAGCAGUGAUAGGAUAUGUGGAAGCAGUUUCCAACAGUUUUAUUACAGGUAUAUCUGAUGUAAAUGAGGCCUAUCAAGCUGCCAUUAAAGGUGUUACUGCUGAGUCUCACACAGGUGCUCCCAAGACUUCAGUGCAGGAUAAAUCCAAGGCUUUCUCUGAACACCUCAAGGCUGAUCAAACCACAGCAAUAAGGAAAAUCCAGGACGGGAUGCAAUUUUUAGCUCACGUCGUCCUUUCAACCUCUAUGAGUGCUGCUUGAAUACCAAUAUUUCUAUUUUGUAAAUAGCUGGAGCUUAGUUUGACAAAUUCCAUUCAACUACAACAAUGCUCAGUUUAUUACAACUGCAUUGAUGAUUGAAAGUUAGUAAGGGCACUGCUAGUAGUGUCUGGAUUGAAGCAGAUUUGUCCUGUUAAAUUGAUUCGUGUAGACUUUUUUUUUAUUGUUUAAUCUCUAAAAUCAGACACCUGUGAAGAGAUUUAAGUUAUGCACACUUAUCUGUUGUCGUAGUUACAUUUAUUUAUAUUAACUAUCAUAUACUGAACUUCUAUUCUUUGGUAUAUGAUAUGCUGUUGUUGAA